AUGGCGCCUCAUAAAUCCAAAAAAAGAAAGACGGAUGCAGAUGCUCCUGACACUUCGAAACCAUCCGCGGUUUUCCAGCCCACGCGAGGACGAAGCCACACCUUGAGUAUCGCUCUGCCAGGCAGCAUAAUAGCGAAUGCUGUCACUCACGAUCAGAAGACCAGUCUUGCGGGACAAAUUGCCCGGGCCUUUGCCGUGUUCUGCGUGGACGAGAUAGUCGUGUUUGAUGAUGGCCAAGCCGAGGUCCGUGCACCAGAACAUGGAGGAUAUACAGCUUUCGCGGACCCAAACUUCUUCCUUUACCAUGUUCUGACCUAUCUGGAAACUCCGCCGAACCUGAGAAAGGCUUUGUUUCCUAUGCACCCCGAUCUGAGGACGGCAGGCGCGUUGCCAAGUCUGGAUAUGCCUCAUCAUCUUCGAAGCGAGGAAUGGUGUCAAUAUCGCGAGGGUAUCACUACUGGGCCUGCAAGAGGAUCCGGAACCUUUGUGGAUUGUGGAAUUGGCGCUAGAGUCACUAUUCCAGAAAGCAUCGACGCCAACACUCGAGUGACACUUCAGCUUGAUGCGAACAGCCCAACUUCGUACGUGGAGACAUUGCCAGGAACGGCGAUAUCGCCAGAGGUCCCUCGCGAACAUGCAGGUUACUACUGGGGAUAUCAAGUAAGACAAGCACAUUCCCUUGGAUCAAUAUUCACAGAAUGUCCGUAUGACGGCGGCUACGACAUCAGCAUUGGGACAAGCGAGCGAGGCGUAUCACUCCACAAUCUUUUAGAUCCUAGCAGUACCACGCGCGUAGAGCCUACUUGGAACCAUCUCAUUGUGGUCUUUGGGGGUGUGGCCGGACUAGAAGCGGCACUCAGCGCCGACGAGGAACUGCAAGCGGCAGGCGUGAGCAAGGCCGAAGAGGUCUUCGAUUACUGGGUCAACCUGGUACCUGGCCAGGGUAGUCGAACCAUCAGGACGGAAGAGKCUGUCUGGGUCGGUAUGACCGGCAUACGGCAAAUUGUGGAGCUCCGGAAUAAGGAAUGA